UGAAGACUAUAGGAGGUCUCUUUAUGGUGAAAUCACUCACAAGACUCUGCUUGUUAAUGCUAUUGGCACCCUUAUUUUUCCUUCUCAGCCAAUGGUUCAGAUAGAUGAUCUGGAAGGUGCCAAGAGGGCAGGCGACCUCUUUGACUAUCGUCUAAUGAUAAAGAGUAAAAGAUUAGCUUAUGAUGGGCGUGGAAAUGAUGUUGCUAAGAGUAAGCAUGAUCUUUCUUCUAUUGUAACAGCUCUUGGAGGGUUUGAUCGCGGUUUAUAUGUUGAGAAAUGGGCCCCUUUUGUAAAGGAGCUGGCCGUCAUUGUUGCUAGAGGAAGAGACAAUUCUAUCGUGUGCUAUCCUGUUGUUGAAACUAUACACAAGGAAAACAUUUGUGACAUUGUAUCUUUAACUAUAAUCAGCUCUUCACUCUCCGACCGCCACCACCAAUCGCCCAAGACACCCUGAACUUCCCCCUCACAUGUAUUUCAAUUUUUUUGUUUCAAGCUCUUGUCUGAGUUUGCAUUUUGCUUAUAAAUUUUGGUUGUCAGUGACUUUGUUCAUAUCCAUGUGUUGAGCUUAUCAAUGGGUUUGUUUUCUUGGUAAAGAUUUGUGUUUGUUGUCUAUUAGUUCAUUUUCAUUCAUCUGUUCAUUUUGUAUUUCUUUG